GCCUUCGUCUGCACCGCGCCGCGCGGCGGGUUUCGGUCUUUUUUUUUAAUUUGACCCUGGGGAUUUUUGCAGAGUGUGCAGCCAGCUCUCGUUUAGUUUUACCCGAGAGCUGAUGCCUAGAGACCGCGCCAGACGUUUGCGAGAGACGCUCGUGAGCGGAUCCUCCCGUUUUGCUCGCCGCUGCCCAGGCGCGAUUUUGUGCAUCGUGCAGACGCUGGGAGCAGCACGGCUCGGGCGGAGGAGGGGUCAGGCUUCGGGAAACGGCGUUUAGGAGAGGUUAUAUUUGAUGGUCUCUGGUUAGCCUCAGAGGCAUUAGAGUCCCCUGCAUCCUCCAAGAAGGCAGCACGCAAAGAGACAAAUACAGCCGUAACGGGGACGCGCGCAGAAAGGUUUCUGAAUUUUAAAAUCCAGCACUUCAAAAUUCAGGGUACUCAUGGAGUACGUCAGCACGCGGGGAGGCCCGGGCACCGUGGACUUCGAAGGAGCCCUCUUUUCCGGCUACGCGCCCGACGGGGGCCUCUUCAUGCCGCGCGCCGUGCCCCGGCUGGACGCGCCUGCGCUGCGGCGCUGGAGCGCCUUCUCCUACCCGCAGCUGGUGAAGGAGCUGUGCUCCCUCUUCGUCGCCGCCGAGCUCGUCCCCAGGAGCGUGCUGGACGACCUGAUUGACAGGGCCUUCAGCAGGUUCAGACACAAGGACGUGGUCCAUCUGUCCAGACUGAAAGAUGGGUUGAACAUUUUGGAGCUCUGGCAUGGGGUGACCUAUGCUUUUAAGGACCUGUCUCUGUCCUGCACGGGGCAGUUUUUACAAUAUUUCUUGGAGAAAAAGCAGAAGCAUAUCACUAUCCUGGUGGGAACAUCAGGGGACACGGGGAGCUCAGCAAUUGAGAGUGUGAGAGGGCAGAAGAACAUGGACAUCUUCGUUCUGUUGCCGCAUGGACUCUGCAGUCAGAUACAGGAGCUUCAGAUGACCACUGUCAUUGAAGAAAAUGUCCACAUCUUUGCUGCUCAUGGGAACAGCGAUGAAAUCGAUGAGCCGAUCAAGGAAUUAUUUGCUGAUGUUGAUUUUGCCAGAAAAUACAACCUGAUGAGCUUGAAUUCAGUCAACUGGUCACGGAUUAUGGUGCAGAUUGCUCACCACUUCUACGCUUACUUUCAGUGCGCACCAUCCUUAGACACCACCCCACUGCCCGUGGUGGAAAUUGUUGUGCCAACAGGAGGAGGAGGAAAUAUCACAGCUGGCUGUAUUGCCCAGAAGAUGGGUCUUCCCAUCCGACUUGUUGCCGUGGUUAACAGCAAUGACAUCAUUCACAGGGCUGUUGAACAUGGAGAUUUCUCACUGUCGGGGGAAGUGAAGGCUACAUUAGCAUCAGCCAUGGAUAUUCAGGAGCCUUACAACAUGGAGAGGAUCCUCUGGCUGCUUUCCGACGGCGACAGCAGCCUCAUCAAAACUCUGAUGGAACAGUUCAGUGUGUCCAAAAGCCUCAAGAUCCCCGAGGAUUUGCACAGAAAGCUCACGCAGGUGCUGGGCUCGUGCACGGCCUCCGACGAGGACAUCGUGCGAGCGAUGAGGCGCUGCUGGGAGGAAAACCGCUAUCUGCUGUGUCCCCACUCUGCCGUGGCUGCUCACUACCACUACGCGCAGCCGGGCUGCGGGAGCCGCAGGGUGCCUUGCUUUUUUUGCAGCAUGCCUCGGUGUUGCUUAGCCCCAGCCUCAGCAGCCAAGUUUCAGGACGCUGUGCUCAGAGCCGGCCUGGUUCCCGAAGUCCCUCCAGAAAUCAGUGCCCUGACAACGCUGGAGACCAGGUCAACCUCCAUGAAGAGGGGGGAAGAUUGGGCAAAAAUACUCCGGGAGCAGAUAGAAGAUGUGGCCCAGCGGAGGAAGAUGUAGGUGGGGUCAUGGGACACCACAGCACAAGCACUUGCACAGAUGUGGCCUGGAUUUGUGCUAUAAAGGCAAAUGCAUCCUAAGGUUCAUUUUCCAUUUGGGGAGUGAUGUUUCUGUAUGAGACAAGUCUAGGCUCUCCACACAAUCAGCUAGAGAAUUAUCUGUAGGCACAUACUUCAAACUUUUCUUUUAAUUAGAUAGAACAUUUUGCAAAAUGUUCAAGAAAGAGCUUUCUAACUCUGUUGUCUUUUUCCUGUAACUCCGUUAAAGCCUGCUGAAGCUUUUAAGAAACACGUUUGUCCCGCGGUGGCUAGCCUCAUGGAGAACUCCUUUAAAACGAUCCACGAUUGCUAGCUUCCUGAGUGUUACUCAGUAAGUCUGAUCCUGUAUGUCUUGUUUCCUAGGAAAACCUACCUAAAAGCCUAUUUCUGCAUUAUGGUACAGAGCUGUAAUGGCUUUCCACUGAACAGCCACUUGGUAGAAAAAACAAAUAUGAAUUAUAGCAGUAAAAAGCGGAGCUGAGCUGCAGUUAUUAGAUCAUAUUUCCACGGCAUUUUUAUGAGUGACAGCUAUCGGUUGUUCUUCCUUCUCCAGCAAGCGCCUCGACUCAGACAUCUCUGUUGUUUUCGGGAGAUCGUAAAACGCAGGACCAGUGUGGUUCGAAUAAUUUGGCUGAGAGGACAGCUUGCAUGUGGGCAACUCACUUUCAAACAUGGCUUUGCCAAGGUAGCAAAAAACCCACCGCCACCGCCACCAAGAAACGGGGAGCAAAGGGUAGCAAGGGACCUGGAGCUAGAGAUCUUUGCAAGCAUCCCUGGAAGUUUGGGCUGAGCAUUGGGACGCGUGGAAAAGCAGUAGGGAUUGGGGUGGCAUGCCCCAGGAAGGGGCAUUUUGGCAGCUUCUGGUGUUGACCUGGGUUGAAAAUCAUGCUGAGAAACUGGAAUCACUAAGGAAAAAAUGGAGAUCACUGAGCUGAAUGGCAAAUCUUUGCAAGCAAUGCAACAGUUGGGUCAGCUCUUGUGUAAUAGCCCAGCAGAGUUUACACUGGGCAAUGUGUCUCUGUGCAACACCUUCUAAUACAGCUUUAAAAGCUUUGAAAAAGCUUUAAAAAUUAUCCAUGUUUUAGCAUCAGUGCAAUAUUGCCUUCUAUGAUACAUUGGCUCAGUUGCUUGGGCUGGGGUAGAAAGGUGCUGACCAAAAUUCAGCACAGCUUAAAUUUGCAAUAAAACUAAAUAGGAUGAGCACAUGGAAAAGUGGUGAUAUGCCACGGGGACUGUGGAGAUGUAGCCGUAAUGGCCACGCUGGGGAAAGGCUUUAUUCGGUAGCUGAUACUGAGCCAGCCUGAAGCCGAGCGCUCCACAGGGCUGGUGGUGCCGGCAUGGGCAUCCACAACCAUAGCUGCUUCCUGGCCUCACACCUUCCUCCUGCAGGCCAAAGCCUUUGUGGGCAACUUCCACUGAAACGAAUAGGAAAUGGGAAAUUCCCCUUAUCUGAAGACCGAAACUUCAAGUCUUUCAAUGCCAUGUUCUCAUCAUGUACAUAUAAAUAUAUAAAUACCUCGUGGGGGAGCUGCCUCCACAAGUCAUGCAGCUGGCAGGAGUAUCUGGUACCUAAAAAGGAAAAAAAAAGAGAGAAUAAUUACAGCGAGGGGGGGAAAAAUCCCCAUUUUGCCAUCAAAAAAAAAAAAAAAAAAAAAAAAAAAAUCCCCUUUGACAUCAAAGGAAGUCCCAUAAUGGGAGCAUUAAUUUAAAGAGUUAAUGACAUUUAGCAGGGUAAAAGUAAAUUCUGCAGGGUGAAUCAGCACGGGAUUUUUCAGACUGUGUGGAAAGAAGGGGGAAACUUUGCCCGGGUUAAAAGCUUUCUUCCUAGCACCUUGGCAGGCUCUUACACAGCUCUUGGCAGAGAGCAGCACAGGCUGCCUCCUAGCUCGUGAAAGCCCUCUGGGAAAGGAGUUAUCCUGCAGGGACACAGCUGUGCUCCCCAUGGCUGCAGGGCUGGAGGGCCCGUGUCCCACCUCCCGAGCCUGAAACAUAUCACUUAUUUAAGCUACGCCGCAGCCUUGUCCUCACGAUUAACAUUAUUCCUCUCCUAGAAAAUGGUUUUGCACUCGGGGCUACAUAGCAAACUGCAGUUAAUGCUGCCAGCGAGCAGCCCCCCACCCAUGAUGGAUCUCCGCAGCUGCAUCCUCCUCCUGCUUGCACGCACGUUGUACGGGUUGGACUCCACUGGUGCUAAUAGCUGCCUGCGCACAUCUUGUGGUUCUCCGACAGGGAUGGUUGCCCGGGUGUAAUUUAGCUCUUGAAUCAUCGCCUAAGACACCCUGCGAAGGGGGAGAGGCCUGAAAGGGUGCCCGGCCCUGUGGACGGGAGGGACAGGAGGACUGGAGAGAUAGCUUGGAGGGUUGCAGAGAGGUUUCAUUCCUGCAGAGGGCAAUCCUCGGUCACAUUUGAGCCUGUGCCGGCAAGGCGCUGCCUGGGGUUUGGUCCUAACCUCACUUUAGUCCUUCUCCUGGCAUUUCUGGAGAGGCUCUGGCAAAUCCCCCAGCCUCCUCCAACUCCAGGAGCGGCUGCCAAAGCUGGACACAGCAGCCCAUCACGAGAGGAUUUUGCUUCCACUUUAGCAGCCCCCAUCAGAGCAACCUGAGCUUCAGUUUGAUGAAGAAGUGCAAAAUACAUGGAGAAAACUUGUUCAGAAAGACCGUAUGCUCAGAGAUGCCAGAUUUCUUCCUUGGCCACCUUUGGGGUAGAUUGUGGAGGGCUCUGGCAGCUAGAAGUGCUGCUGGGUUUAACAAAAUAUCACUUCUGGGCUGUUCACAAGCUCAGGCCAGACUUGUCCAGUAAUUUUGUCCAGACAGAAAAGAAGUGGGAGGGAGUUAGUGCUCACUCCACAGCUGGAGGGCGAAACUACGUCAGCGCUUCUCCGUCUCAUACCUUGAUGGCUCGUGUUUUUUCCCAGCAAAGGGAAAGGAUCUGGGUUCAUCCUAAAUGGAUUUGAGCCACGUGCCCCAGGUGACGGUGAUGCCCCAGAGCCUGUGAUCUGACAGGCACCUCGUGUCUCGUCACCUUUGCUCGUGCAGGGGACGGUUGAGGGAGAGGUGGGGUGUGCUGGCCGGACAGCUGCUAACAUGUCCUUUCUUCUUGGUUCAUUGCCAGCGUGGUGAGAGUAGGUACUCCGUGGGAAAGUGCACUGCGUGGAUAGAGGAAUGGGGUUCAGCACGGGUUCCUACCCAAUAAGGUGAUUAAGGCCACUGUAACUGAAAUGUCUUGGCAUCCCAUGGCUGUUGGUUGGCUUGUCCAACUUGGGAGUCAGGAUGGGGACACUUAUUGCAAUGCCUGUUGGGACCCUUCCGACUAAGCCUGGGUUUAGUGGGCUGAGGCUGCAGGACCCUCAGGGACUGCUCGUGGUGGCACGUCCUUCCUGACUCCAGCAUUGCUUCUGGAGGCCGGAAAGGAGGAGUCCGCAGCGCAGGGAGUUACAAGCCCAUUCCUUAAAACAGUGUUCUGAAAGUUUGGGAGUUGUUAUUUAAAAUUCCCUGGGGAUGCUGUAUAAUUUAUGGACAGGUAUGAAGACAAGUAGGCGCUCAGACAUGGGGAUGAGCCCAGUGUAAAUGCCAAGAUAGAAAGAUAGAUAGAUAGAUAGAUGAAGAUUAGCCAGAAGAUUUGGAGAUGGAAGGGCCUACUCCUAUAGAUCUUUGCUGUCCUAAGAUGAUACCUACUAUCCCAGUACUCCCACUCCAUAAAAAGUCAUCUCAAAUCUAGUGCAAAUGGUUUGUUUACUCUUUUUUAAAUUAAUUUAUCCCAAGUGUGAAAAAAAAAAGAAAAAAAAAGGAGUUGCUUUGUUGUUGCAAUUUGCUGCUAGGCAUUCAUAUGUGUGCUAAUGAUAAGUAUUAAUUAAAUAGCUUGCUGUUGUCUUCUAAAUGCAGUUCUUUAAGGCUGUAAUUAAACACAGACACCCAGCCCUUUCUGUCUGCAUAGAGAGAGGCAGGCAGGCCUCUGGAGCUCUAGACUUCCUCCCUUUCAGCGGGAGAGAAGUGGAAAAUGAGGCAAAACCAGUUUCCACUGAAAACUCACCACACUGUGCUUGUCCUUCAUGGGGAAAGCAACCAGGUAAAGGAAAUUAAAGGAAUACAACUUCCAGGAUUCCAGCCCUGCGUUCAAAGGAAGUUUGUAUGCCCUUAAGAUUUUGCAGCUUCACACAUUUUAAAGGUAGAAGAAGUCACUUUGUUUGAUCUCCCAUACCAUGCAGGCUAUUGAAUCUCUCUUCCAUGUUCAUCAAGUCCAGCAGCCUGUUGGCUUAUGAACGUCUUGGUCAGAUGAGAUCCAGGCGCAAAGUCCUAGAGAUCUUAAGAUAUGAGCCUGAAUUCUUAAAAUACGAACUUAGCUUGAAAGUGCUCUAGAAAUGUGGAUGAAAAUACUGAUGCUCCCAUGAUAGAGGGCAAAUUCCCUGAUACAAUUUGCUAUAUGUCCAUAAUGUUGAACCAUCUCCACACCUUGCCCUCAAAAGCAACCAGGCUUAAUUUAUCUAAAGGGCUGCUGCUGAUGGAUAAAUAUAUACACUUAUAUUGGGUACUUGCUAGUAGUAUUAGAUGAGAAGAGCGCCAGGUGGCUUUCAAGUGAAGACAUUGCUGCACUGGUGGACCCACUGGUUGGUGCUAGGCUGUGAUGGCAUGAUGGAAGAAACAUUUCUGUCUUCCAGCUGCUGCAGGGAAAUGUGUGGACACAUGGACAGCCAGAGGGAGCAAAGAAAGCUCCAAGAGACGUGAGUUAACACCUGCCGGUCACCCAAAAUCCAUGUGAGCAACCUGUCAUUGUACCUGUUCCUCACAUGGGCAACCACAUAGACAGUGACAGCGAGGAGCUUCGCUGUGGAGGAGAUACUUGGACUGUGUUCUACAGCUAUAAAACAUAUUUUUUGAAUAGAAACAUUAAAUAUUGUAUUCAUGUGAAUUCUAAACCAAGAUCUGUAGAAUAUAUAUAUAACAAAAAUCAUAAAAUAGGUGAGGUUGGAUGUGUUGCCUGCUGAUGAGGGGAUCCUGGCCUUUGGAGCAUUCCAGUUCUCGGGGGCCUCAAGUGAUGCCUCUCAGCCUUUUGCUGCUCUGCUUUCACUCUCCAGCCCAAGGAAAGGAGCCAAAGCUGGGGUGGACAUGAGUCUGGAUGAGGCCAGACAAGGCACCCAUAGGGUGUGGGCAAAGUGGGGAUGGGUCUGAGGAGGCUUUUCCUCCCACCUCCCUGGAGCAUCUGUUGCGCCUGUGAAGCUGCUGGUGGUAGGACUGGAAUUUUUCUUUCUGAAGUGGAUUUUUGCAGUUUUGAAAUAAAGCAGUAGAGAAGAAAAACUAGCUUCUUUUCAGAAACAGAAUGUGUGAUUUAAAAAGAAGUUGGAUUUGCAUGGGACUAUUUUGAGCAAAAUACUUUGUUCUGCAAGAAAUUCGUUACUUUUGA